UUCGCCUUGGCUCGACUGAGGACUCGACUCGACUCGACUCGACACUCGAUCCAGCCAGCGCCCGGUCCGAGACGAACAGCAGCAACAAGAAAAGGUUGGAUCUUCCUUGGCCAAACGCAUUGUUUGAGUGGUGUCUCGUAUCUAUUUUAUAAGAGGAAAGACUGCUAGUAUGCAUUAGACAAGGGGCGUCUUGCUAACGAUUAUGUCCUCCUCGAGGAACAAGAGGAAAAGGACCGACGCCGAGAUUUCGGCCAUGGUGGCGGCACCGAACCCUGCGGCGACACGCAAGAGAACGGCAUUGGGUGAUGAGCCCACAGCAGCAGGAGAUGUGCCAACUAAGGAUGGGGAAUUCAUCAACAACAAUAACAGCAGCAGCUCGACGUCCAACAACAAUGCUGCAGCUUCACCGUCGACUGUCGCUGCUACUUUGUCCAAUACAAACAACAGCAGCAGCAACAGCAGUCUAGGCAUUGGGGAAUCUAGUGGUGCUGCUGCGAAUGUUUCAGCACAGCCAGCAUUGGACACUCAAGCAGCCUCAAAUGCGCCCAGUCCAAUACCAGCGACCCAAGCGGCGCCGCCGAACUCAACAGGGGAAAGUUCUCAAAAGGAACAACAACAACAACAACAACAGGAAAACGAGGCACAGAAAGAGGCUCUUGCGGGUGGCGCCAUGCCUCAAACAGGAAAUCCUGCCAGCAAUGACGCUGCCACUGCAAGCAACGGUCAAAUGGCACAGCAGCCACAACAAAGCGUAGAAUACAUCAUCAAGCGAGAAAAUCGAAUAAAGUCAAUGAUCACACACCGCAAGUUACUUCUGGAAAGAACUCGAAGCAGUCGGUCGGCUGUCCGAAAUAGGAUGCAAAUUUUGGCCAGAAAUGACACUCGAUCAGGCAAAGUGGCUCAUAACACUCCAAAUUCCUCAGCUGCAAUGGAGCCGCCAACAGGAAGCAAUUCAGCUUCGGCAGCAGCAGCAGCAACAACAACGGUAUCGAAACCUCUCGAAACUGCCAAGGAUGAAUCAGAGAUUGCUGCCUUUAAGAGAUUAGGUCGAAUGGCAGUUCAGGCUGCCAAGAAACAACGAGUGGACGGAAAUGAUCCAAGUCAACCUGACAAGCGAACAUCCGUCUCACUGCGGAGAGGAGCCAGUGUAGGAAAGAAAAUGAAUGCAGCAUUGUCUUCACUCGCACCUGGUGGGGCUGGGGCUGCCGUCGUCGAAGAUGGACUUCCUCCUACACAGCCGCUCCAUGCGAAUACCAUUAGAGCAGAUACGUUGCCAGCCCGUUCUGCUCAACCAGUGCCAACACCUGCUGUUGCACAAAACUUGAUCCCCCCAACAACAAUUACUUCCACAACAUCCGCCCCCAUUCCCAAACCUGUACAACAUCAAUCUGCUCUGCCAACAAUACCACCAAAACCAAAAGCCCCCACACAGGUGCCUGUAACCAUAAAGCAAUCCACAAAGGUGCCAGUGGCCCCAGCAGCGGUCAAUUCAAUACCGAAAACAGCUAGAACAUCCAUCACUCAAAAAAGCGCAACCGCUAUCCCAAGAGCGGAUGUAGCAAGAUCCACAUCCGUCACGCAACACUCUGUUCCCGUAAAACCCUUACAUGCUGCCAGUACAACACCGAUUGGGAUGCCCACCAUUGAACGAAAACCUGUAACCUUUCCACAAGCUGCCGCCCUGCGAGAGCGACGGCGUGCUGUGUUGUCGCAAUUGAAGAAAUAUUCCCAAAAGAGAAAGCUACAACAAACUACCGAGGAUGCUACUAGGGGGCAACAGCAACCUCCCAAAACAGGACCUAGAACGUUCGAAUCGUUCUUCACCAAUGACAUUGCACCUCGCAGCAGCGAUUUUCCUCGAAGACGAAGGACCCACUGGGACAAUAUACUGCAAGAGAUGCAAUGGAUGGCAACAGAUUUCAUAGAGGAGAGAAAAUGGAAAACUGCAGCUGCUCGAACACUUGGAGCUUCAAUUGCACAAGGGAAAGCUGAAAAAGGUACAAAGACAGCAUCAAUAACAGUUACCAAAGCAGUGGCUCCUUCACCAGUGUCAAAUGGAAACGAUAAUGAGUCGUCUACCCCAAAGACAGCAAGUAAACCGCAGGUACCGGCAGCGGCGUCCCGUCCAAAAUCCCAAGAGACUAAGAACCAUUCAAAAGAUGGGCCAUAUAGCACUCCUACGGACAAGGAUACUAUUUCAUGUAAGGAAACGGCGCAAAAUAUUUCAAGUAUGGCUGAUGGAUUGGGUGUUGCGAUCUUGGGGGCUUGCUCACGGGCAAGAAGAAACCAACUUGGACGUCCGCAGACCACGGAAGAGGACGCCGCGGACGGGGGGAAAGAAGGAUCGCGCACGGGCACUGAUGGCGCUACUAGUAGGAAUUCUGAAAGCAAAACUGGCUCCUAUUCUCGUAUAAACAAAGCCAUCGAAGCUCUCCUGGGGAAAAUUAAAAGGAGGAAGACAGCAGCCAGUGGCAAGUUUGAGAACAAAGGGAAUCGUCUGGCUUUGACUCCUGAACAGCAUGAAAUAAUUGGCUUCAUCGAGGACAAAUGGGCACAUCGGGCUGGUGCAAUCAUAUCGGGAUCUAGGGCUUCGGGGAAAACUGUCGCGGUUUGCGCGUUACUGGCGAGGCGGAAAAGAAAAGGUCCCUUGUUGAUCGUGUGCUCUUCCUUGCGAGUGUUGAAUUGGAUUCACUCGUUGAAUCGCUUCACUAAUCUAAAGGUCAAGAGGUUGGACGCCUUUACUGGGUUGCCCACUGGAAACUUUGGGAUGGAUUUUUUGUUAGACACCAACGAUAUUGUUGUUUGCGACUACUCGGCUUAUGAGAAACUCAAUGGGGGUGAAAUGGAUCAUUUUGAUUCCAUUGUUGUUGAUUGUCGGUACCCGCGGGCGUUCUCCGGAUCACGCUUGCCCUCAGCGCCUUCAGCAUCACCAUCGAUGACAAAGACUGACCAGUCCAGCCAAUCAACCGGAGAACCAGUUGGUCAACUGGGCAAGUCAUUCUGGGAUAGUUUGGUGACAACAUCUGUCAAGACUUCAUUACAUUGCGUGCUCGUGGAAAAUCCAGGGGCACCUGCUACCAUAUCUGGUUCAAUCAACAUGACGGAAAUGCAACGUGUUGAACUGAUUGCUCUUAGGAUGGCCCUUUCUGUAGGCCCCCAUAUUUUUGCGUCAUCGACAGCUUCAGUGCUCAAACGGAUUUUAACAUGGGCCAGGAGAAAAAGCCGAGAAAGCGCUGAUUCGGCAAACGCAACAAUCGACAAAAUUAAGGAAGUGCAAACGCAACUGCUUGACGUCACCCAGGCAUUCUGUCGCGAGAGCAAGUCGCUCCUGGAACAAAUAUCUUGGCCGCAAGGAGGCCCUGUUGACUCAGAAAUCCGCCUCUGCGAACUAUCCUCCGAAGAGAGGUCUGCAUACGAAAAGUGUUGCGUGUCGCUGAGAGGUGCUCUUUCCACGGAUAUUGCCAAAUGUCAACAAACUGAAGAUACAAAGCGACAAAUCCUGCAGGCCGCGGCGAAAGCGAUGCUGCGACUACGGAGACAGUGUAUUCAUAGCGGGCUGUCAGGUCUUCUCAAGGCCAAGGCUAUGCAAGCGAGGGUGGGUUCGUUCUUUUGUUUGAAACGAGAAAAUGCGAGCUCGCGUAGGAAAGCCGAGGACAACCCUUCGCAAAAAGACAUGGAACUGGCUUCUCUUAUUUUGGAUGGUUCCGCUAAGCUGAGAGGACUGGUUUCGCUUCUGCGAAACGAAUGCGGCUACGAAAUCAACGGCGCCGAGGAAGUUUCUUCGACGCCAAAACCAAAUUCCCGAAACACAUCGUAUUCGCCAAGCAAAGUUGUCGUACUGGCGGUACUUCCGGAAAUUCAGGUUCUGGUGUCUGUGUUGCUUAGUUGCAUUGGGGUUGGGCACGAGCUCUUGAUGUCGCCCUACUUGAAUCCUUGCCAAGCAUACGGAAACACAACAAUAGCCCCCCCCGGAAAGCAAAUGAUUGCUGACACAGCAGCUUGGCUUGAAUGCCAAGAGGUGGUCUCGCGUUUCAACUGCCCUCCCUCGUCGAGCAAACAAUUGAACAUCAACAUUUUGGUGGCUUCGCCUGACAUUUUUGCUGGAGAUCACGGCGGAAUUGGUGUAGACGUUUCUGACUUUAUAAUAUCGGUUGACGAUGACUGGAGCGGUCGGAACGAGCUGUUGAUGCGAUCCCUGAUGGCGAGUCUGGUUCCGCGACAAAAAAUCUUCAAGAAGCGACACUGCCGAUUCCUCAGUUUGGUAUGUGAGAGAACUUGCGAAGCAUCCUUUCUGAAAGGUUCACCAAAAGUUACUGGUACGUCACGGUCUGACCCUGAGAGUUGGCCGUGGGGUUUGGACCCCCUGGGGCGCUUCCUACCCGACACGCCCUCAAGCAACGUCGAUUGGCAGUCGUGGCCAGUUAGAGGCGAAGCCGAAGGAAUUUUUGCUUUUCCCGCCCAGCACGUGCUCGAUCAUUGUAACCGAAACCUGGCAGAAGUUCUCGCUGUGGAGGGUUUGCCUCCUCAUCUCAACCAAGGGUCUAGCAUGUUUCUACCGCACAGUGCCGGUGACAGGGGCAUUGGAUCCGCCGAGAUGGGCUUUCUCGUGCAAAUGAUGGCAGCCGAGGAAACUGCUAGGAAAUAUUUCAAGACAAUAGCAGCCGUGCCUGCGAAUCAUGAAGCAGUGCAUGUUGAUGAAAAAGCGACGGCUUCGAUUGUCAAUAACGAUUUGCUGGGAAAUACUGCCAAGCCGAAAGAAGCCGUGGUCGCAGGCUCUCAAGAAGGAGUGUUCGAGGCGGCAAUAGAUUCCCCGACUUCCAUCCCGGGUCAUGACAAUGUCGAGCGACCAGAAUCUCCACAACAGAAGCGAUCAAAGACUGGAGACACACAAUCGGUUGGCUCGGCUGCCUGCCUGCUGCUCUACAAGUCGAGUCUUGGCCCUGCGUCCAGCGAGGCGGAUCCUUUGGCAUCAAGCUCGGCAAACGCAAAUCAGUCGGUCUCCUACCAUCCCAAUCGUCAUGCCAACGCCGUCAGCAUGUUCCAUACAUCCAACUUGGAUGAUGGGAGAGAAGGUGCUGAAGCGCUUGUCUAUGCGCCUCCUGUUCUGCCGGAGAUGUUACAAAUGUCAAAUCAAGCGCAGCAUGAUCACGAGAUAGACCUUGGUUGGUUUCCCAAGGAGCCAAAACGACCGGCCGAAGGCGCCGACGAGACCGAGUCGAAACGCUUCAAAGGUGCGGAUUCUUUCUCUGGGAACUUUGAUGUCGGAGAUGCCGCCGCGGCAUUGGACUCUGAUAUCCAUGGCCCUCUCAAUGACAUUAUGGAUAUGGAUCUUGAUGAAGACUUUGGUGAUGUUGGUGAUCUCGGAGAUGUGCCUCUUCCCAACGAUGAACACAUUCCGACUCCUGCCCCCAUUAUUGUGCCGGACGACUCGUGCGAGGUAACCAAUUUUUCACUGGAUUCUGAUCGGAUUGUAUUCCAAGCUGGGUUCGCAGAGUUCGAAUCACCUUGUGACACCGAAGAACUCGAGAUUCUUCGUACAUCGACAGAGCAGCCAUCUCUGGGUGCUGUCAUGUUGGUUGUUGCUGGAAAAGGUCGCCAGCCUGCCUUGCCUACAACCGCUCCUUUGCAUCGACUAUCUUCGAGUCACCCCGAGACAGCUUGGGUGGGCGCUGCAACUACUGCCACUAUGUUCCAUGACUUGAACGGCUCUCGCGACUCUGUAAAGGCAGCAAAGCAAAAGACUGGGGCACAAGCGUAUGCUUCAGCUCUUACCAAAGCGCCAUUGGACGUUCCACCCUACGGAAUGGCUCAGGCACCGUUGAAUUAUCAAGCAGCAUCAAAAGCAAAGGAUAUGCACAGAAAUAAAGUCUUCUCGUUUCUGUCGGGUAGGCAGAAGUCUAUGGGGAAAAGCAUUUUCGAGUCCCCUCAAUACGGCCUUGCUGCUGUCCGAUUCAAGAACCGUGUGAAUGAUCGAAUGGUCCGUCAAAGCACUGCUUUGGAGUCUUCAAUGAAGACAGACGAUGCCCCAGAUGCCGCUCUACUUGGCAACCCCGCCACUGCAUCGACCAACUGGAAUGUUACGGAGGAGAGCAAGCCAAGUGGAACAACAGAGCAUUCUGCAGAAUUUCUUGCCGGAAAACAGGUUGCCGCUCUCAGUCGCUCCAUGCGUUCGCCUGUUGCAGUUGAUUUUGGGCCAUUCAACAGUGGGUUCUUGCGUUCGUCUUCUGCGGGCGUUACAGGAUCAUGGCCGCCGACGGUGCGAGAUGGCGUCUCUUUGCCAAUGGGUGUAAAGGUACCACAAAAGCCACUCCAGCAACGGCGUCUGUGGACGAGCGACGAAGACACGAAGCUCAAAGAGUGCGUGGAAAGAUUUGGCACGAAUUGGGCAAUGACUGCGGAAGCAUUGGAGGGGUUUGCCAGCUGCAGGAAAGACGAAUACGACCCUGGUGAAGACGCUACCUUGGAUGACAAACGUUUUAGGCGAACAUCUCGUGACUGCAGUGAACGAUGGCAAGAACUUUCACACCUGGAUCCUCGGUUUGGAACAUCUCAGAAACCGUCAACUCAAAAUCUGUCGGGAAGUCCAGUUGCCGCUGCAGCAGCGAUCCAGGUCGCCACGACGAAACCUCAACCAUCCGGGGACCAACGCAAGAGGUCUCCCAGGGCGAUUGGUCUACUCGGUCCGUCUACGGCUUCAGAGUUGACACUUGCAAAGCCGGACGAGGCAAAGGCCGAUGACGAAGGUGAUCUUGACGAGAACAUUAAGAAAGCGUUUGUCACUUUCUCUGCUUCUGAGGCCAAGAAGCAGGUGGUUCCAGUAACGAUUCCAGGCGCUACACCAGGCAGUCAGCCAACCUUCGUUGCAUCGCAUCCUUCCCAUCUUGACGCUGUGCACUCUUCCAUCGCAGCUACUUGGACCAGUGGCAGGACAGAAAUGUGGCCGCUGCAGUUUUUGGAUGUUGCAGAGAAGCAGAGGACAGCCCGUGCGGCUGCCGCAGCGGCUUCAACGUCGGCUUCUGCGCCGAUUCGGCCUACUUCGCAGACAGUUAGCCCCAUGGCUUCAGGUUCUUCCGUAUCGUCCGAUGCUCGAGGUCCUCCUCCUGGCCCCAGGACAGCUGCAAGACCUCAUCCGAUGCCUGCCCCGCACAGCGCACCCUAUAGUUACCCGCACCAGCCAGGGCAACCUUAUCCGCAUUACCCUCCUCCCCCACGACAUGGCAGAGCACCAUACCCACCGCAUGUGGCACCAGCUCCGGCUCGUAGUCCUCCCCAGAGAGUUGACCAUCCACCACCAAAUGCCAGCGCACCCCGAGGAGUGGUUCCACCGGUUCCUCCGCCCAAACCUGUCGCGCCUACAAGCUCAAACCACUCAGAUAAGACUGUGCCGAAGCCUACUCCACAUGAAAAAGUUUCACCAACGAACUCCAAAUCCAAACCGACGCCUGCUACCCCCAGUUCCAGUAAAAACAGUGACAAGGUUACGAAACCUCCUCAGCCCUCACAACCGCCUGCAAAAUAAGACCUCACUCGAAGCUGAGGCAACGCAAUAGACUACAACCGCUACUAUGAAUGAUAGAGAAUACUUUGAUUCUAGAUUUCGUAUUUCAUCUACUUUUGGGGGGA